UCCCAAAUCCUCCUCGCCGGGGCCGGCAGCCUGGAGAGCAGCUGGAUGGAGCAGAGAGCCUAAAAAACUUCAUUCUGCAGGGGGACCUCUAGUGUUUUCCUUUCUCCAUGUCCUGGCAGAGUUCCUCCAAAGUACAAAUACACACAGAGCUCCCAUUGUUUGCAGCCCUUCACAAGCCCACUGAUCCUAAUAUGGAAUUCAGCAGGAAACCCAUGAUUUCCUGACACACAGCAAGCUGGAGAGAGAAAGGAAAAACUCCAUUAAAAACCUCCAGACUCUCCUCCAUGUAGAAAUGAAAUGGAAAAUGGAGUGGAUUUAACAGGAAUCCCUGGUUCCUGCUGCCAGGCUGGAGGAAGGGAGACGCGGAUCGAAGGCGCAGGCUGCUGAUAUUUUUUUGAAGUCGCAAUAAAGGCUGGGAACGGCCGGGCAGGAUGAGGAUUUCCUGACUGGGACAAACGAAAAAGGACAGAUCACUCUUUUUUUUUAUGCUAUUCUUCUCUGUGUGUUUAAUUUAUUCACCUCGAUGAUCCUCUUGACUGAUCUGGUAACUGUUAGAAGCGGCUGUGACAGCCUGGAAACAUUAGUAUGAUUUCCUGAGUUUGAGAUUUGCUGCUCCCCCCCCAACCCCCCUCCUUCUCCAAACUCAGGAAAAGUCAAUACAAUCGCACUUCAUUUUUCCUUCAUGUGCACUUGGAAGUCCUGGGAGCAGCAAGAGCAGCGGCAGCAGCAAGAAUGAACUGCAAGGAGGAAAAUGACAACUGCACUGACGGGAGCAGGAGCAACACCAAGAAGAUGCUGAAAUGUGUGGUGGUUGGGGAUGGUGCAGUUGGAAAAACCUGUUUGCUGAUGAGCUAUGCCAAUGAUGCCUUCCCAGAGGAGUAUGUCCCCACUGUGUUUGACCACUAUGCAGUAACCGUGACUGUGGGAGGACAACAACACUUGCUGGGGCUUUAUGACACUGCAGGGCAGGAGGACUACAACCAGCUGAGACCCCUGUCCUACCCCAACACAGAUGUGUUCCUGAUCUGCUUCUCCGUGGUCAAUCCUGCCUCCUACCACAACGUGCAGGAGGAGUGGGUGCCUGAGCUGAAAGUCUGCAUGCCCAACGUGCCUUAUGUCCUCAUAGGAACACAGAUUGACCUCCGGGAUGAUCCCAAAACUUUGGCGCGGCUGCUUUACAUGAAGGAGAAACCACUCACCUAUGAGCACGGAGUGAAGCUGGCAAAGGAGAUCGGAGCCCAGUGCUAUCUGGAGUGCUCAGCACUCACACAGAAAGGCCUUAAGACUGUCUUUGACGAGGCAAUCAUGACCAUUUUUCACCCCAAGAAGAAGAAGCGCUGUGCUAAGUGCCACAGGUGCUGCACCCUCGUGUGACGUCCCCUGGGAAGCAGAGCCAGCUGAGUUCAGUGAAACCAAGCAGGUUAGAAAGGAAAUGAAGGUCACACACAACUGAAAUGGGGAGCAUGACCAGAAAAGGGUCCUUCUUACCCAAAUAUAGGAGCUCUCCAUUCUGUGAAACCUUCAAGUUGUUUCACCCUUGGCCAACUCCUGUCUCUGUGCUUUCCCAACCCUCCAGAGCUGUUUGGCAGCCUGUUUCCACUGCUGCAGACUGCACCAACAGAAACCAGGAUGCCUGCUUGGCUCCCCACCUUAGGAAUAAGGUGAAGGUGGCUUGCGACAAAACAAAGAGCUAAAGACAGCAAAAGAAACAGGAGAAACUCCUUUUGUGGCCUUAAGUAAGAAUUGAUCCAAAUUAGGAAUUUGCAGUCCUUAGGAAUUGAAUCUGAAUUGACUGAAAGCACAUGGAGAUCUGUAGAAAUCUAAUAUGUAAGAUAUACACUAUAGCUAGGAUGUACUUUAAAAUUGCUUUUCUUUUAUAAGACUUGCCAGUUCAGGAGAUACUUUAGUUUGUUCAAACCACGUGGAAGCAAAGGUGGAGUGAUUCCAGUUCAUUUUCACUUAAUGGUGAAACUUCACAGCAUCAGGAUGUUGCUGCACCCAAGCUAUCAAAAUGGAUCAACAUUUACCUCCAGACUCAAGGAAUGUUCUUACAACUAAAAAAAAAAAUGCAAAUAACUGUAUUUUUACAGAGGAAUGUUCAGGCUGAGCCAUGUUUCCUUAAGCUGGGAAAGGAAGUACAGAGUUGUAGCAUUAAUGUACUGGAACAAAGAAAUUCUACCACCAAAGAAUGUUGCCCUAGACAUGAAAUAGCAGUAUGGAACAAUCUCUCUUCUAACUGAGAACAAGAAUGAGACACAUUGCCAUGGCAACUGAGAAUUUACCUUACAGAUCAGCUGGAUUUCUACAUCUCACCCAACAGCCAAGAAUAGGAAAAAAAAAAAAAAAAAAAAAGCCAAAGGUUAUACUGACUUUAAGCGCUUUGAGGUGAUCCAAUUGCCUUAAAAUUAUCCUUUUUUUAUGAAGUAUUUCUGUAAAAAACCUCAUCAAAGUGGAGUUGUGAACUUGUUGACUUUUUAUAGCCUCCCUCCUCCCAUUCAUUUCUUCUCUCACUGCUCCCAUUUUUCCAUCUCCACAGAGAGUUCUGUUCCACAGUGUGGCUGCAGUCCUCAGGAGUGGACUUUUCCAUGAGUGGCAGCUGAUGGGCUGCAGCCAACAGCACGGAGAUGGGAAGUCCAGCCCACGGAGGAAGGGAAACUCCUGUGAUCUCCCCUUGCUGCUGGGUAAAUUGUGCCUUGUCACUAAAGCCUCUGCCAGGACCCUGCAGCUUUGCACAUCACAGCACACAGACACUCAGAGGUGAAGUCAAGGCUGUCUUGUUACUUGCAGCUGCCUCUGGGUACCCUGGCAGUGCCACAAGUCUGCCUUGUCCUGGGUUUCAUUCUCCAAGCAGGAAAUCCCAGCACCAGCACACACAGGUUUGAAGAUGCAACUCCUUGAAGAAGCUGUGUCUGUCGCCAGCGUGUCCAGAAGUGCCAGGAGGGAGCAAGUGACAGCAGUGGGACACCAGUCCCAGCCCAGGGGCAUGGACCCUGCUCCCCUCUGCUCCCCAUCCCAGGAGACUGGCAGCCCUCUCCCCUCGGGAAGCACAGCGUCCUGACUGAGAACACUCCUGUCACCAGACAAACCAGGAACUCCAGACCUGGUGUUGGCCAGAGUGAUGCAGCAGGACCAUGGGAACAGCACCCAGGGCACAUGGAAGGAACUGAAGUUGGAGCAGUGCCCAGUCCCGCAUCAGGACCAGGCUCAUGGAUCUGAGCUCCUCCUCCAGCACUAAUUCAAUUUCAUACAACUGUAGAAUGCUUUGGGUUGGAAGGGACCUCAAAGAUCAUCUAAUUCCAACCCCAGUUUACCAUGGACAACUCCAGAAACCAGCUCUGACACCCCAAAACAUUUCCAGGUGGAAAUCAACUGUUCUCUCUGACCAAAUCCAUCAGACUUGAGGCAAAUGCUUUGCUCUUCUUUUACCCAGUGGCUUCCACUCACCAUCCCUUUCCCUUUGCACACAAGCAUGGAUGAAAACACAGCUGGGCCAUACCUAAGACAAACAAGUUCCCCUCAUUGCUGGUGAUUUUUUGUGCAUAUCUUCUGUUUGGCUUUGAUAUGUCCCAGGCAUUAACUGCAGAUGGCCUGGCUACUAAAGCCCAGCUCAUGCCAUGCCACAGAGUUUGUGUCCACCCACAGGCAGAGCAGUGAGUGUUCACUUUAACAGCACACUGUCUAUCAGCUGAACUGUAACAUGUAAAAAUAUAUAUGAGAGGAGUAUGAGGAGAACUAGGCAUGGAUUAAAUAAAUUCAUAUUUAGGCUUACAACAUGACUAGAAGUCCACUGAAACGACAACAAAAAAGCCUUUAUCAGAUUUCAGGGAAAGUAUAUCUGCACUGUGCUGCCUUUUACUACAGUGGAAAUUAAUUAGGAUGAUUGUUUUAGCUCAUGUAGGUUGCUGGAGGGUGAUGUAUGAGUCUCUGGUGGAAGAAGGUGAAGUCUGGUUUAGCUGAAGCACAAUACAAGGGCUCAGGUUGGAGCUGCCUGCUUUUCUUAGAGCUUCAAAAAAUGUGGAAAUAGAGGAAAUAGAAAAUCCAGAGUGACAGCUGAGCUCAUCCUAACGUAACGAGCACACUGGAAAAGUGAAAUGGAGCACCCUGGCAUGCAUCAGGGAAUGCCACAAAUAAUCAGAUUGGUUUUUUGCCUGCCACUGAGUACCAGGGGUGAUUGUUAAUCUUAAUGGAAAGGCAUAGGAUUGGCCGUAAAAUCAAAAAGCAAGUGGGAAGUUGUAGCUUGAUGUAACUGCAGUGGUUUGAGGGAAAUAAAUUACAAAACACAUGGUGAUGGAGAAGCUAAAAUGCUGCUGUCCUAAUGUGUUAAACUGUAACAUCCUGAACAAAUCCUUACAUAGAGGAAGCAGAUAGAAAAUGUUAAUAUACAUACAAAAAAUGUUAAGGCUAAGCAGGGGUUUCUUUGCACUUACAAAAUGGAGCAUGUCAAGCUUGUGAGGCAGUAAAAUUUCAAGUUUUUCAAACUGAUUUUGACCAAAAUUUGAAUUCUGGAAGCUACAAGAGAGGGACAGUGGUUACAAUCCACUGAGAAAUGGCCUCUGCACUCCAAUUAUUUUAUUUUUUCUUCCAGCAAAAAUAAAUGUUUUUUGAAAAGCCAUGUUUAAUGUGGGUCCCAUAAACAUUAUUCCUGUGUUAGGUUAUGUACACACACUUGCCCAUGAAAUGUGGCAAUUUCUCCGUGAUCUGCCCUGUUACACUAUUUUUUGAGGGGAGGCAGGGACAGCACAGGCCAAGAGGCUUUAGAAAGGGAUUGUAGGCAGAUGUAAGGAGAGUCAUUGACUAUCUUGCAAGUCAUACCUAAUGCCUUUUUUAAAAGCAGCAGAUGGUGUGUGAACAGGCAGUAAAGCUUAUUUUCAGAAAAACCACAACACCAGACAUAGAGCAAGUGCAGGCAUAAGGCCACAGAUAUAAACUUCAAGUUAUUUUUCAAGCACCAUUAGUAAUAAGGAAAGAAAAUCAAUAAAGGACUGCCAGGUGAAAGGAGAUGGGUUUACUCACUGUGAGAUGAGCUAGAAAUCAGAUCCCAAUUUCACCUUAAAAGGAACACUGUUAAGGAGAGUCAUAAAGGUUAGAAACCAUCCCUGGAACUUAUUUGACAAUGUCCCCUUAAUGCAGCUGAUGUCAAAGCCUUUCCUGACAGACCUGCCUUUGCUAAUAGUCUGCUGUCAUUUCAAAAGCACUCACAACUUACAGGAAACCUGCUGGAUCCUGUAAAACUCAUCUCCUUUGGCCUCUUCUGAAACAUUCCUGUUCUACCAAGAGUUCUUAGCCUGAAGCUGCAGUUUCAAACAGAGCUCCCAAAGUAUCUUCAUGCAAACCCCUGCAAGGAGAUAUUAGAGAUAUUUGAGAGAGAUCUCAACUCGUCAGAGAGUUGUUAUCACAUUAAAACCACCUACAGAUGGCUCUGCCCUUCAGAGCCCUGUGAAAACACCAGGACAGUGGAACUGGGACAGUCCUGCCACUUCCAGCAUGAUUUGAAGAAGGUCCCACAAAAACUCACCGUUUGUCCUGUGCCUCCCAGAGCUCUGAAAAGUUGGGGAGAAGGCAGAAACAAGGCUCUAACCCCACUCAGGUCCAUUCUCAUUUGCUCAACUGGAUAUAUGCCCAAGUCCAGUAUGACAAUCAAAACAAUCAUUUCAGCAGCUGACAUUUGUCACC